GUCACCUCUCAGUUCUCUCUCUCUCAAGAAGAAAGAAGGAGAAGAAGAAGGGAAGGCGGCGGCGGAGAAGCGAUGGCGAUGGCGAUGGCUUGCUUGGCGAGGCGGAGGGCCGGCGAGCUCGUUCGGCCGGGGGGGAUGUGGGGUGCCGCCCUCUACCGGGGUUUCGCGGCGGCCGCGGCGGAGGAGAACGACGUGGUGGUGAUAGGCGGCGGGCCCGGAGGGUACGUGGCGGCGAUCAAGGCCGCACAGAUGGGGCUCAAAACCACCUGCAUCGAGAAGCGCGGGAGCCUCGGCGGCACCUGCCUCAACGUUGGUUGCAUCCCCUCCAAGGCACUUCUUCACUCCUCUCACAUGUAUCAUGAAGCCAAGCAUGCAUUCUCAAGCCAUGGUGUCAAGUUUUCUCAGCUUGAAAUCGAUCUUCCAGCUAUGAUGGCACAGAAAGACAAAGCAGUCUCUGGUCUCACCCGAGGAAUUGAAGGCCUUUUCAAGAAAAACAAGGUAAACUAUGUCAAAGGCUUUGGUAAGUUUGUUUCCCCCUCUGAAGUAUCGGUCGACAUGCUUCAAGGGGAAAAUACUGUCGUCAAGGGCAAGCAUAUCAUAAUUGCUACCGGUUCUGAUGUCAAAUCCCUCCCUGGAGUCACAAUUGAUGAGAAGAAGAUUGUUUCAUCCACUGGAGCUCUAUCUUUAUCAGAAAUCCCAAAGAAACUGGUGGUUAUUGGUGCAGGAUACAUUGGAUUGGAGAUGGGUUCUGUUUGGGGGCGACUCGGUUCAGAGGUGACUGUUGUUGAGUUUGCACCAGACAUUGUCCCAACCAUGGAUGGAGAGGUUCGGAAGCAAUUCCAGCGCAUGCUUGAGAAACAGAAAAUGAAGUUCAUGCUUAAGACAAAGGUUGUUGGUGUUGACACAUCUGGAGAUGGGGUAAAAUUGACCGUCGAACCUGCAGCUGGUGGAGAACAGAGCACACUUGAAGCUGAUGUAGUUCUUGUCUCAGCUGGUAGGGCCCCAUUCACAGCUGGCCUUGGGCUGGAAACUAUUGGUGUCCAGACUGACAAGGUUGGAAGAAUACCAGUUGAUCACCAUUUCAUGACAAAUGUAAAAGGAGUAUAUGCUAUUGGAGAUGUGAUUCCAGGACCGAUGCUUGCUCACAAGGCAGAAGAGGACGGUGUUGCAUGUGUAGAGUUUAUUGCAGGUAAGGAGGGCCAUGUGGACUAUGAUCUGGUUCCUGGGGUGGUAUAUACACAUCCUGAGGUGGCAUCAGUUGGUAAAACAGAGGAGCAGGUGAAGGCCUUGGGGGUGAGUUAUAGGGUGGGCAAGUUCCCAUUCCUAGCAAACAGCCGUGCAAAGGCCAUUGAUGAUGCUGAGGGAUUGGUGAAGAUACUGGCUGAGAAAGAGACUGACAAAAUACUGGGAGUGCACAUAAUGGCACCCAAUGCGGGGGAACUUAUCCAUGAGGCUGUGCUAGCGCUCCAAUAUGGAGCUUCAAGCGAAGACAUAGCUCGAACAUGCCAUGCACACCCAACUAUGAGUGAGGCUGUGAAGGAAGCUGCUAUGGCUACUUACGACAAACCCAUUCACAUAUAGUGGUCACUUGCUAGCUCAUGAACUUGCAAGAUUUUGAAAUAAUUUUUGGAUACAUUGACAGAAAACCUCUUUAAUUUUUCACCCUGUUUAUUGUUGCUGUAAGCGCUUGUUUAUAAGAUCUUGCUCAUGUUUCAUACGUUAUGUCAUCUGCUUUCAUGAUUAUUUCUUCUGGAUCAGAAUAAAAGCAGAAAACUAUAGAGUGAGACACCUGGUAGGGCUCCAAGAAAAUUCAGCAAACGCUGUGCUUCAGAACACAAAUUUCAGUUAUUUUAUUUAUUUUAUUUUAUUUUA